GUCGAGUGCUUUUUUUUAUCAUACAGUCGGAGCAUGGCAUAUUUUGAAUUUUAGAAACGAGCGAUUUUGAAGUCUAUGAUUUAGACUGUUUUUAGGUGUGAUUAAAAUAUGGAUAAACAGGAUAUGAUGGAUAUGAAAGAAAAUGUGCUGCAGAAUUUACGUUCUGUUACACAGAGUUCUAAAGGAGGAGUACCUGUAGAUCUUUUACAGAAGGAUUAUAAAUCGCUUCUUGGUACUGAAAUACCUUUUAGGGAUCUUGGUUAUAAUUCUCUGGAAGCGUUCCUUAGGGAUAUACCAGAUGUUAUUUCUGUUAAAAAAAAUCAUGAGGGAAUGUUGAUGGCAGUUGGUGUAGCUGACGCUUCAACUGCACACAUUGCAAGUCUUGUUUCAAGACAAAAAGAUUCCAAAACAUCUAGUAAGACAAGAAGACCACAUUACAACACAAGAAGAAGUUUCCCUGUGCGUUCUCUUCCACGAGCAAGGUCUAGACCUUCAUCUCAAGAUGUGAGAAGCUCUAAAGCUUGGGAUACUAAAAGUAAUACAAGUCAACAUUCCAAAUCUUAUGCUCCGCCGGUAAGAGCGGAACAAGUCUCCACAAGGAGGAAAGAAAUUGCUCCUCGUUUCCUGAGACAGUUAGAACAAAAGCUAAUUGAAAAUUCAACAAAUUCAGCAAAUGGUCCGAGUGCAUUAUUACGUACGCCUGCAUUAUUACCUACGCCUUCACAAACUGUUAUUUCUUCUAAUGAUACAGCCGAAAGAUCAUCCUAUUAUAGAGUUGAAAGACCAUCUUAUCAUACUACUGAAAGAUCAUCCAGUUAUACUGCUGAAGGGCCAUCCCAUCAUACUCUUGAAAGAUCAUCCCAUCAUACUCUUGAAAAAUCAUUCCAUCAUACUAUUGAAAGACCAUCUCAUCAUACUGUUGAAAGAUUAUCCCGUCCUAUAUCUUCAACCAGCAUUAAAAAAACAGAUGAACGACAAAUGUUAUUAAACUCUCUAGAAACUGCAGCCUCUGCUAAAGAAUAUGUCAGAAUUUAUGCACAGAUUCAUAAUAUUAAGCAUGAAUAUCAAACAGUAAGGAUGGGGCAAAAGAGCAAAGGUUUCAUAUCCAAUUUAAAGCUUGGAGAGAAAAAGUACCAAUCAUAUCCACAUGUUGCUAGAACUGUAGAGGAGGCAGAAGAAGUUGCAGCAAAAUCAGCUGUGGAAGAUAUAAAAUUGAACAUAGAACAAUUGGCUGCGUUUCCUGUAACACCAGUAGGGAGUGCAGCAGAGAUUCAGAUACUCCUGAAUAGAAUAGAAGAGAUUGUUUGUGAAAAACCUUCAGGUAUGUUCACAAAUGGCAUUUCGAGAGAAUAUGAAAAUAAGUUUAAUGAAGUACUACCUGAUGGGUGGUUGGAAUUAUUGAAACAAAGUACUAGAGUUGACAUUGAUGAUAUAAAUAUAGGUUAUGGUAGAGUUCCAGAUGGAGUAAAAUACAUUGUUCGUCCAGCCAAAGAACUAUCAUCUGGAAGUGCUACACCAUCUAGCACCUCUAGUAAAUCAGAGUUUAGAAGUGAAGUCUUAGAUCUCCCAACUUUGAAAAACAGCUUGUAUAAUGUAUCUCAUUCGAAGUUUCCACUAUGCAUUAAACUUCCAGAUGGUAAUGAAUGGGAUCUAUUCAUUACUACUAUUAGUCAUCCAAUGGCUGCCCGUUUUGUUGACCAUUCAGUAGCAUUUUCUGAUUUGUCAGAAGAGAUGAAGGCAUUUUAUCAGUCCAGAAACUGCACUGCUUUUAAUGUGGUUGUAAAUGAGCUCUAUGCAGCUUGUCUAGAUGAAUGUCCUGAUCGUGUCAUAGUUGUUGACACGAGUGAAAAUGAUUCGACUCUUUGUUACCUUGUUGAUCAAGGGGAUUAUUUGUAUGUCCCAAAAGCAAAUCUACAAGAACUUGAUGAUCGUUUUCGAAAACUUCCUUAUCAAGCUAUUCUUAUGAAUCUUGAUGCUGUAGAAGAUUAUGAAGAUUUCAUAAAGUAUGAACACAUAAAUAUUCUUUGUGCAAGAACACUAAUAGCGGAAGUUAAAAGGAGUUUUGAAGCAACAGAUUGUUUUCCUGACAAUAAAGGAAUUCACCCAAUAAUUUAUUCAGUUGUCUUAUAUGACACUUCUGGAGAUGAUGAUAUAAAUUUAAAUGAUGUUAUCAAGAAAUCAGUACUAGAUUCUUUAACAUGCAGACUACCCAAGCAUGGUGUUUCUUCAUGUGCCUAUCUGACUCAUAUUAAAUCUAGUGGAGAAAUUUAUCUUAGAUUCUUGCAUCCUGAAGAAAGUUGGCUUGAAAAAUUGCUUGAAAAAUAUACCCUUCAAUUUGAAGAAUCAUAUCCAGAACCAGUCGAGUCACUUGUCAACAGAAUAUGUGUUGCUAAGUAUAGUGAUGGUCAUUGGUGCAGAGUGGUUUUAGACAAUGUCUAUGAAACAUCAAAUCCGGAAAUGGUUAAAGUUUUCUAUGUUGAUUAUGGUCAUGAUGGCAUAGUCAAUAGGAGAGACAUUCGUAAAUUGGAACCGAUUAGUGAAUUCUUAGCAUUUCUUCCACAUCAGUGUGUAGAAUGUGAAUUAUUUGAUGCAGUACCAAAUGGUGCAAAAUGGACUGAAGCAGCUUCUUCAAAGCUUAUGGAAAUGGCACCGUUUAAUGAAGAGAUAAUGAUGAGGGUUAUGCAUGAUGGCAGUGAAGGUAAUCUCGCCAAGGUAAAUCUGUACAAAAGAAAUGAAGCUGGAGACAUAAUCACCAUAAACCAGACUCUUGCAAAUAGAUCAGAAUUAUUUCACGAAACAUCUGUCUCUCUGGCAAAAAAUUUGUCUCCGGAAACACAUCUAUUUCUAAAGUUACGAAAUAAUUUCAAGCAGAAUAAAAGCUCACUUUCUAGUUUCAUGCCUGAUGUUGUUGUUCCAGCUGAAGAACGAGCAAAGAAGGGUGUAACUACACCAGUUACACCUAAUACAAGUUUCAUAGAUUGGCUGAGUACUCCGGAUAACAUUAAAAGUCCUGAUACAUUUGAAUACAAAUCUCCUGAAUCCCUUGUUUCACCAGAAGUGCCUCCUGUAGGAGAGAUAUUCGAUGUUUUUGUUACUAUGGCAGCUCAUCCUCAUAAUUUCAUUGUUCAGCCAUAUAAAACUUGUGGUGAAAUGGAUAAUCUUAUGAAAAAAAUGAAGCAGUUUUAUUCUGCAGAGGAAAAUUCUUGUGAUAUGCAUCUGAGUGUGUUAAAAGAAAAUGAGUAUUAUGCUGCUUUACACACUGAUAAAUUGUGGUAUCGAGUUCGAUUAGAAAGGGUUAUUCCUGGAGAACCAGUCAUGGCUGCUAUCUAUUAUGUUGAUUUUGGAGACUUCAACACUGUGAGCAUGGAGAAACUACAGCCUUUGUAUCAAGCAUUUAGGAGUCUUCCUUGUCAAGCUAUCAAAGCAUCCUUAGCUGGUGUGAAACCACUUGAAAAAGACUGGGCUCCUGAACACUGUAUAAGAUUUAAGGAAAUAGUCACUGAAAAAAGGUUUGUUUCGAUCGUAAGAGGAAAACAUGAACCAGAUUUUCCUGAUAGUUCAAGUCUAUCAUUAGAAUUGGUGCUAAUAGAUACAAGCAGUCCUGAUAAAGAUGUAUAUAUUCAUGAACUUCUGAUUGAAGAAAAGCUUGCACAAGCAAUCUAAUCACUUUAUGCACUUGUUCAUUUUUAGUCAUUUUCCACUUUUUAUCUCAUUUGUUUAGAAUUUAUUGGAAAUGUGAAAAUUUUUCAUUUGCUGAUUAUUCUGUAUCAUAAGUUUUACUAAUAUUAGUUCCUGAUAACAAUUUAGCAUAAAAAAAUUUUAAAGAAAAAAAGCUUUUUUUUUUUUUUUUUUUUUGUAAUUUUUUAUAUUAUGCAUUCUAGGUUUUGUUUGGUGUUAUUGUACCAUUCAAUGUUUCUUGAGCUUUUUAUAGUUAUCUGUGAUAAUUUCUUUAGGUAAACUGUGGAAAGAAAUGAGUUAAAGUUGUAUAUAUUUUUUUUUAUCUGUACUUUAGUAAGUUGUUUAUAUUUUUGAAUUUGUUAAUGGCUUGUUGUAAAAACUGGAUAUUAUUUUCUUACCAGGAGUGCUUGUUAGUGAAGUUUUAUAAUGCCCAAGCAGUGAAAGUUGCUUUCAGCAAACUUUUGAUUUUGAUUUUUUUAAUUGGAUACAAUGACAAUAUGCUCAAAAUCAUAUAUGUCUUUAAUCUAGAUUUCCCAAGUGUUUCUGAAAAUAAAAUUUAUCAUGUAACAUUAUAAAGACAAAUUUUCAAAGACAAAUUUAAGUGAAUAUAUGGAUACUUGAGUUCACUGUGUUAUUUGAUGUAUUUUUUGUAAUGCCAUAUGUAUAAUGAGAAAUUAGUCCCAUCUCCCUUUUUGAAGUGCUAAGGAGUAAUUAAGUGUUACGUUUGCAAAAUGUAUAUUUAGUAAUAAUGAUGAAAGGAAAAGUCAUAUAUUUAACACAGAACAGUCUGUAAUGAUGGUGUGGGCUCAGUUUUUACCUGCUUAUUGAACUUAUUGUUUGCAGUUAGUUGGAAGUGAAUUAAAUGUAUGUUUAUCUUACAGUUUUUGAAAAUUUAGAAGUUUUUCCUGCAUUUAUUGGUAUCAGUUUUGCAUUAUUAACUGUGGACCAUAAUGUUGUAUAUAUUAUUUGAUUCAUUUAAUUAUUCAAGAUUCCCCCCCCCCCGAAACUUCUACAGUUUGCCAUUGUGUUACUGCAUACUAUGCUUUGUGUUUUCAAAAUCUAUUUCAAAUUUCAAAAUUCAGUUUUUCCUGAAAUUUAUAGAAAAAUUAAAUGCUGUGAUAAAUGUUAUUAACUGAAAGGAAGGUUACCCAGCCUUUUAAAUUUGUAGAGUGUUACUCCUUUUCAGUAUUUUCUCUUUAAAAUGAGAUGCAGUUUAUAUUUAAAAUUACCUGAAACGAAAAUUAUAGAAAUGAAAUUUUUGUUGCAGUUUAAAAUAAAAAUUCAGUUUAUUUUGUUGUAAAUAAAAGUUAAUAUAUUUUUCUUCAUGAUAAUUUUUAUUGCUUUAUUAAAGUUGUUUAAUUCAUUAGUAAUGUUAUGAUUGAAAAUUAUUUAUAAAUCAAUAUAUGUGGAAUUUCUGAAAUAUUGUGAAAAUGACACACGAGCAGUGACUUAUCUUCACAAGCGGUGGAUAUUUUAACAUUUACUAAAAUUCAUAUAGCUCUUGAAAUUUUUAUAUUUUGUAAUCAAAACUUUUAGUGAGGCAUAAUUCUAACUUUUCAAAGCUUCUAAAAAUUUUCCUUUAAAGUUGAAUAUUGUGAAAGUAAACUGUCUGAGAUUUUGGCUUUUGAAGCCUCAUCAUUUGUAUUUCAGAAAAAAGUGACCUAGCAGCUAAGAAGUCAAAAAAUUAAUGAAUGUAGAUAUUUACACAAAUAUAUUUCGACAUAGAAAUAUUUAAACAAAGCAUCUUUUUUUUGGGGGGGGGAAGGGCAUCAAGAAUGCACUAGAAUUUUGUGACUAAACUUCUUUCUUCUUAAAGAUAUUUCUGUCUUAUAAAAAGUUUCUGUGAAACAUUUUAGGUAGUAGAUCAUAAAAGUGAUAGUUAAAAAGUAUUAUUUUAAAAAUAAAAGUAUUAAAAUUAAAUAAUUAUUUUUCAAAAGCAUUGCUAUGCUUCCUGUGUAUUUAUUUAUGUUUGAUAUGUUAUAUCUUAGAACCUUUUAAGAUGAUAGUGUAAAUUUCAUGUAAGAUCUUAAUUACUAAUAAACACUGAAAUUUGCAUGGGAAUUCUUUUUUUUUUUUUUUUUUCAUUUACUAAAAUUUUCUGAAAAACAAGUGAAACAAGUGUUUCACUUGAAAGCAAAAAUUGCUUUUAAAAUAAAUAGGAAGUGCACUUACAUUUUGAAAUUUUAUAUUGAAUGUCUGAUGCACUUUAAGAAUCAUUCAUCAUUUGUGUAUUCAAUACUUUCGUUAUUAAUAGUACAUAAGAUAUUUUGAAAAUUGUUUGGAUAAAGCUUAAUUCAUUUUUGAGGGGGAUUGAAUAUAUUUACAAAAGGCUGGGAACCUGUUAUUGCUGUAUGUAUGCCCUGCGUUUUAAAUAGGUUGGCAUAUUUUUCGUAAUUUAGAUGAUUUACAUUGUUGAUUGAUAUCUAAAGGAUUUAAUGAGUAGAUUGCUGUUGAAAGCAGAAAAGUAGUAGUGAUGCUUGUUUUCUUUUUCUUUUUUUAUAAAUGCCAAAGUGAAACAAGUUUUUCUUCUAAAUUUGUUUUUCAUAUCUUUUAAAGUUGUAAAAUUUUAUGUAACAGUAUUAAAGUGCAGUGUAUGCAUUAUAAGUUGUCUCAACGAUGUUAAUUGUCUGUAUUGUAUCUAGAAAUUGAAUUUAAAUGUAAAAAAAAUCCGUCACUUUUUUUGUGCUUUUGGAAUGUUAUAUGCAGAGUUUCAUGUAAUCUGAAAUUGUGGCAAGAUUCAUUUCCAUAUAUGCAGUUUAUAAAUAAACUUGAAAGACUUGUUUUUAAUAAAA